GCACUGAGGGCGUGUCUUAUCGCCUGAUUUACUCUGAACUUUGUCUGAAAGAAGCACAAGGCGAGAGAAGCGGACAGCAAGAAACGAGCAGGAGAGCGGGACUUGGCUGGUGGAGGUGGCCUUCUCACAAUCAUAAGAAAGACUCCAAUGUGUCUCCUCAUGGAUAUGGAUUGACUCACCAAGAGAAGAAACGGGUCAUCCAUGAAAACAACUGUUGGGUGAAUUUAGAAGAAUGCUGGAAUCUCGAGUCCAACUCAUCAGUGGAAAACGUGUCUAACAAGUGGUGGCUGCAGAUCAUCACGGCGGCCUCCAGGGCCCACUGACUCACCUUUAGGCGUUUUGACAUCAAAUGAAUGUAAAGCUAAAAUGACCAAAAAUCCUCACUCACCAGCAAAGAGUCCUCUCGUCUACAACAACAAUUUAACCCCAGAUUGCCAGGGACAAGAGAGAGAAGAGAUGUUUGUCAGCAGUCGACAAGUGAUGCGGACAGAGGAGAAAUUGCCAUGGACUCCGUCAAGUCCUGCUAGCUCCACAGGCUCACGGGAAGGCUUUUACUCCUUUGUUGAAGAAACUCCGCUGGCAGAAUCCGACAAAACCUUAGCCUGGAUGACAUCUCCAGAGCGGGAAGAGAAACUGACCACCCUGAAGAAGGAGAACAGCUUUGAGCUGAGGGCCUACCAGGAAGAGAGGAAGCCCACAAAACUUUUUGUGUCCGAGAACGGAGAGUCCAAGUACAAAGUGAAGGAUGCAGGCCCCUCGCCAGAAAAAGAAGAACUGGAUUACGAUAGGAUAGAAAUCAUUCGCAACCAAGCACCCAAAUCCAAACUGAGCCCGGGAAGGAAAUGGAGCUCCUUAGAUGUCCUGGAUCUGUCCGAGACUCCGGAACAUGGACAGGAAUUCUCCCUCCAUUACAGUCCGCUAUCCCUGCGGCAGCACACACCCUACAAGGUGGAGCCCGGAACCGUGAACACCGAACAAAUUAACUUCAACGCCGCCCGGCAGCAGUUCCUCAUGCUUGAGAAGUCCAACCAGACCUCUUUACCCCAACGUCCCAAGAAGGCCAUCAGCCUGUCGACCGUUUUCCAGGACUGGACACUUACAAAAGAUUGGCCACCCAAAGAUGUCAGGGUUUACCGUGAACAACCUGACCGAAGUUUAAGUGCGAAAAGCUUCAGUGUGAAGCAGGCCGGACUUGAGAUAAAACGAGACAGCGUCCUGACUUCCUCCAUUGAUGAGCUCGACUCGGGCUUAGAGGAACUUUCGGGCGAAUUCGGCACCGGAUACAUCAGCGAUGACAGUGCCUCCAGCGAAAUGUUUAGCCCCACCAAGGAGCCAUGGACUCCAAAGGCAGAGACUCCCAUUGAGAGGGAGAUCCGCAUUAGCCAGGAGAGGGAGGAGAGCCUGCGGCGCGAACGAGGGAUCUCUCGCUCCAACCUGGACGAAAUGGUAGAAAUCAAGACAAAGCCCCUUCUCUUGAAGGAUGAGCCGUUUAGCUUCUCGUUACCCAGGAAGAAUAAGACAAAAAGCCGAGAGAGCCUGAUCAUGCAGCGAGAAGCUGAACGCAAGACCUCAAGCGUGGAAGAGUCCUGUCCAGACAAUCAGAGGCCCCAGGAGGAGAAGAGCAGCAAAAAAGGACAUCAAACUCCAUUCAUCCAGGAGGACAAUCAAGUGUCUGUGAAUACUUCUGAUCAUGAGGUGACUCGGCCAAACACCGAGGCGCACAAGAGUGUGUCAUUUUCACUGGAGGGUGAAGAAGCCUUGACCAAAGACAGUUUCUCCAAGGCGUGGGGGCAACCACCGAAUUGGGAGACGCCACAAGGCAGACAUUCAGUAGAAAUUUCGGGGGUAUCCGGAACCUCAUGGACAGGCCCUAAAGCAUUCAGCAGGCUUGCAGAUCUACGGGAUGAUCCUCCACCUCUACCCUCCAAGACAGAACCCAAAAGUCAGUUAACACUCUGGCCAGCAAGCACAGAGGUCAACGACUUCUGGUCCAAAGCCCUGCAGAUGGACUUGACUGAGCCGUUUAACAUCAGUCCCCGCAAGCGGCGCACCCUGGAGAUGAUCGCCCAGGAAAUCGAGGAAGAUCUCAAGCGAGAAGAGGAGCUGCGCAGCACCAGGGGCAGCAACCAGUUACCUCCCUCUGCUGAGAUGGGAAUCGACACAGUGGACCACAGCCCUGCAAACGGCACGCUAGAGCCAGGUGAAGCAGACCUCCACCCCCCUACACCUCCAUGCGACUCUCCACAUCCCUCAGGAAUCGCCCCCAUCUUCCCCCCGCCACGGACAUCCCAAGGUGCAGUUUCUCCUGCUGUUAAAACAUCCCCUCAUCCAACACCUGCGACUCAGAGCUCGAAACCCAAGGGGCUGACGGACACCCUUCUGGAGGUCUUUGAAGAAAGGCGGAUCAAAAUGAAGCGGGAUGAAAACACGUAUGCUGGCAUUGAACCGAGUGAUGAAGUCAACACCGAGGUGCUGGAGUCCACCCGAGUCACCCGCCACAAGAGCAGCCGUGCCCUCAUGUGGGAGGCUGGGCUGUUUGCUAAUCGGGCAGCAGACUAGGGGGGGGGGGGGCCGCAGUGGACACCAUGGUGGAUACUGAGCUCUGUCGAGAGGGGGGUGGGGAGAAGAGACAGAGAAGGCGCCAACCCCCAGCCUCCUUCUGCCCCUAUGACUUGCAAUGGACAAAGCAAUGAAAAUCCGAAAUCCUGCAUGUGUGAAAGUGAUUUUUUUUUUCUUCCAAAUGUUCUUCCUCAACAGCAGCUCUUUGCAAAUGGUGCCUUCUUAGAGCCACGACACUCCUGAUGAGACGUGUGGCUGAUUUACAGCCACCCCGAGGCACAGGUGGGGCCCUUGGAAUGACUUUAAGUUUGAACCCCCCAACCCAAAAGUGAAAUCUGUUUUAGGACAAGCCCACCUGACUGAUCCCAGAUGGAAUUCCCAUUCUGCUUUUUCAUCUCGGGCCUCGGGUGUCCACUUCAGUCUGUACACCUUCUACCAAUGUGCCACAUUGUCUACAGAGGACACUGCUGAGCUGGUGGCGUGUCGCUCAGUCAGUGCAUUUGUCAUGUAUAGUGCCUCACACCGAGGACACCGUAUCCAGGAUCGACACAUCGUAUAUAAUAAACAAAUCAUCAGGUUUACUUGAGAGAGUGCCUACCACUGAUUACAUUCUCACAAUGAACGUCACGAAUGACCCAGCAAUCAAUGGCUCACCCAGAAAACACAACUCCAUUACAGCUAACACUUAACUUUAAGGCUACUGCCUAAUAGAACUCCUCUCAGGGUUAUACACUGAGUGUGAAGGGUUAAUAAAUCAAUCAGCCUUUACUGAAUAUAGCGCCUCACGCUGACAACAACGUCCACUUCUAGUAACUCUUAGUGACUGAAGCACCAGUCGCAUUGCUUACUACUGUAUAACUUUAUAAUAUUCAACUAAUAAAGCACCUCUCACAUUGCAGACCUUUGAUGCAUAUUAAGAGUUAAUACAUCAAUCUGUCCCAUUACAAAUAUUCAUUAUUAUGGUACCUGCCUCAGGUAAUGCCACCCCACUGCUUAUUAUAACCAGUCAGCCUGUAACUAAUAUAGCGCCCCUCACAUUGCAAACCCAUAAUGUAUAUUAAAGGGUAAUAAACCAGUCGAUCUUUAUUUUAUAUAGUGCCUCACACUGAGAACAUUAUUCCAUUAUGAAUAUUCAUUAUUAUGGCACCUGUCACAGUUAAUGCCCCACCAUUACUGAUUAUAGCAUGUCAGCUUAUACUUAAUAUAGUGCCUCUCGUAGUGACCACCCUUCAUGUAUAUUAAGGGUUAAUACAUCGAUCAGGUUUAGGGUCUCGAUAAAUAUUUGUUUUAUAAAUAAUAAUGAGCUUUAUGUGUAAUAACUAUUUUAUGGUGUCUGCCUCAUUACAAUUAACCUUCAUUUAAUAAAGCGCUUGAUUUCUUGAGCACCCGCUCUACACUCAUUGUAAUUAAUUUGAUUUACUUCAUAUAGCGCCUCUCACAAUGAAAGUCACGUUUAAUCAGCCAGUAACGUUUACUUCUUACAGUGCCUUACCUUGAGAACACCCAGCGUUUCAUUCUUAGCUACUAAAGAGGCCAUCUCAACGCAUAUUUACUGCUUGUCAACCCCUCACUCAUAUAGCGCCUCUCACCUUCAUAAUAUGACUUAAGGAUUAGUAAAUCAGCCCCCCUUCAUUUUAUAUAGUGCCUUACACAGAGAACAACAUCUCAAUACUAAUAAAUACCAGUUAACAACACCUCAAUAUUUAUUCACAUCUGUCACCUCUUUUACAAUAUAGCGCCUUUCACAAUGAACGCCCUCGCGGUGUUUAUGAGGGAUCAACCAGCUGUCCUUCAUUCUAUGUGACGGCACUCACCGAGGCCACCGCACCAGUAUUUGUGCCAUUUUAUUUUAUGUAGCGCCCAACACCGUUGGUAUAACAAGCAUUGUGUUUAGUAAAUGAAUUGUCAUUUUAUAUAGUGCCUUUCAUAGACAACAUCAUCUCCAGAUCUCAUUUUUAUUUUAUAAAGCCCCCGUCAUGGUGAGUGCCACCCCAAUACAUUUUAUCAGACUGGAAAACAAGAAUGCUGGCAAAGGUUGGAAUAUUUGUAUUGCAUGCUACGCUCUAUAAAACAUUUUAUAUGUUAAUCAAAAUGUGUAAAUACUGUUGACUAGAAUUGGAGAUUUCUUAUUUAUUUUUUAUAAUCGGACUUUUUAAGAUUAACGCCUGAUGGAAUUCCUUUGAUCUUUGAACACAGCAUCAAUGUGGCUUUAGGAGUGCAAGUCAGUAAAAGUCUCUUGUCACCA